AUUGAAUCACCGGACUGCGCUUUUUAGUAAUCACAUAAGACCUGUAGCUGUGUAAUAUAAACGAGAACAACAAAGUUAAGGUUUUUUUUGACGUUAUUGGAAAUUGAGCUUUGGCAUUUUUGAUUUUCGUCCUUGUCAGCUUUUACAAAUUCCCAUCCGUUUUUACUAAUCUACUGAGAUGAACAUUAUUUAUACUGGACAGCGGAAUUUUUUAUGGCCUGUACAAUAAUCAUGGAGUUGUGAAAACCACUCGAACAUUUUAUAUUAGAUAUUAAGAACGUACCUACAGGAAAACUGAUUACGACAACCAAAGGAGGACUUAUGAAAUUUAAGGAUGAACAGAGUUGUGAUGUUACUUGAUAUGGACUGUUUCUAUGUUCAAGUUGAACAACGUCAAUUUCCCGAAACUAAAGGGAAGCCGUGUGUUGUUUCACAGUAUAGUGAAUGGAAAGGUGGAGGAGCUUUAGCCGUAAGUUACGAAGCCAGGGCUCUAGGUAUAAAGCGUGGAAUGUUUAGUGAUGAAAUUCGAGUUCAGCAUCCAGAAGUAAUAAUUUUUAAAGUUCCUGAGAAACGAGGUAAAGCAGAACUUACAAGAUAUCGGGAUGCGAGUUCUGAAGUGAUUCAGUGUAUAUCCGAAUUUACUAGCGAUAUUGAGAGGGCUAGUAUUGAUGAAGCAUACGUUGACUUAACUGGUAUCGUAGAUUCAGUUUUGAUCCAGGAUCACAAUUUGUCAUCAUUGCAGCCCAACCCAGAGUCUUACGUGUUAGUUAACAGCGAUAUUACUGAGGAGUCAAAGUUAGAACUCACCGAAACCAACUGUGUUUCGCUCAGCGGUGUUGAUUGGAUCAAGUUACUGGACUCUAACUUUGCAGAAGGAAGGCGAUUAGCUGUAGCCUCUGAAUUGGUGUACCGCAUUAGACAGGCUGUGUUCACAAAAACAGGAUUUAAAUGUUCCGCUGGGAUUGGUCCAAAUAAAUCGAUUGCUAAAUUGGCAUGCAGUCUAAAUAAACCAAAUAAACAAACCAUUAUUCCGCAGGAAUCAAUUCCUAUUUUAUUGGAAAAUACUCACAUAAAUAAAAUACGUAAUUUAGGUGGCAAACUUGGAAGUACUGUUGUCAAAAAAUUGAAGAUUGAAACACUUGGUCAGCUAAGUUCAAUUCCAUUGUCUGUACUCACAAAAGAAUUUGGUGAAAAAACAUCAAAGUGGCUUCAUGAUUUAUCUCAUGGGAUUGAUCAUGAAGUGGUUACUACUCGAUCACUUCCAAAGUCUGUUGGUUGUAGUAAAAAUUUCCUUGGACGUGCAACACUUACAUCAAGUGAACAAAUUAAACGAUGGUUAUUAUGUUUAGCUGAAGAAAUAUUUGAAAGAUUAGAUGUUGAUUAUCAUCAACAUCAACGUUAUCCUACUCGAUUAAUUCUUUAUGCACGUACAACCAAUGAUCCAGGAUACAUUGGUGGGAUAUCACGUACACUUCCAUCUAAUCUUUUACAAUUCAUUGGUUAUGGAAAUCGAAGUAUAAUGAAUAAUGAUGAAGGAAAUUUCAGUAACACUAGUGAUUUAGAUAAUAAAUUACUUAAGUAUACGAGUCAACUUGAAAAACUUGCAAACACUGCUUUGGCCACUUUAAAGGAAGUCCUUUUUAAAGGGGAAGCUCCGGAAAUAUGGGAUCCUGGUAUAAAUUGUUUAGGUCUUUCAGCUGGGAAAUUCUUAUCUAAUUCAUCUGCUUCAAAUGUUGAUAUUCGAUGUUUAUUACAAAAAAAGCAAAAAGUAUCUAUAAAAUGUGAUGCUGUUGAUCAGCAAGAAUCAAUGGGAUCUAUUCCACAUGAAAAGGCUACAUCAUCAUCGUUAGUUAAAUUAUCUUCUGAUAAUGAUGUUAACGAUGAUACAGUCAACAUUUCACCUGAUAGAAAACGUAAUUCUAAUGAUUCUACUGUAAAUAUUAACACGAAUAAUCUUUCAUUUUUUAAACGUUUGCGAGUCGCUGAAAUCUCAGCUCCAUUUCAUCCAACUACAUUGAUUGACAAUCCCAAUGGUAAUACUACUACUACUACUACUACUACUACUACUACUACUACUAAUAAUAAUAAUAAUAAUAAUAAUAAUAAUAAUAAUAACAAUAAUAAUAAUGAUAAUAACACAAAUGAGAAUAUCAAUCAAAAUGGAAAACUCAUUUCCAAUUCAAUAAUAACACCACCACCAUCAACGACAUCAACCAGUGUAGAAUUGCAUAACUCAUUAGAACAGAAUAAAUCGUCCACAUUAGACGAUUCAUCUUAUUUAGAAGUUGACUCAGAAUCACGUCAUUCAUCAUCAACAACUUCAGAUUCAUCUAAUUUUUUAAAAUCAUAUUCUAUUGGUGAUUGGAUUAUUUGUGAUAAAUGUAAUUCACGUAUAUCUGUAUGGCAAUUACUAGAACAUGAAGAUUUUCAUGCAGCUCAACGUAUACAACAUGAAUGGUUAAAUAAUGAGAUUAAUAUAAAUGCAACAACAUUAGAGACAACAACAUUAACCAAUACAAUAAUAACAAAAUCUAAUCAUACUACUAAUUUAAAUCAAGUAAAUCAUUCACUAACAAAUCAAAUAUCUUCUUGUUCAAAAUCAACUAAAAUUAAAUCGAAUUUACAACAAUCAAAAUCAAUAAAAAAACAACAAAAAUCAAUGAAAUCGGUUCCUGGUAGUUUAGAUAAAUAUUUUCAUAAAAUUUCUUAAAAGAAAUCUAUCAAUGAUACAAGUAAAUUGUAUGUCUUUAAAUGGUCAAUGCGUUUUCAAUCAUCAAUAUUGUUAUUAUUCUAUAUAUGACUUUUGUUUUACUAUUAUUCUUUUCUAAUGUUGUUUUAGUAUAUGAGAGAUAUUAUGAUUUAAUGUUGUUUGUUUCUAUGUUGAAUUUUUUCUUAGAACAAUGAUUUUUUUUUCAGUAUUUUUUUGAUUACUGAUGAAUGUCUCUCUCCUUUUUUUUUUUAAAAAAGAUUGUACUAUGUAUUUAUUGAAACAAAAUCAAUAUGAUAAAGUUUGUACUUUUUGGAUUUUUUAAAAUUUUAAUUCAUUUGAGCACUUCAAAUGAUAUUACUCAUUUGGUUAUAGGCGCUGAAAACACUAGAUUCAAUAAAAAUAUUUCAAUUAGAUAUGUAUCAUUACAAAUAACUUAGUUAAUAAUUCUGAAGUAUAUCGAAAUUUUGAAUAAGCUAAUCGUGCUGCAUAUGUCACGAAGAAUAGACAUGUUAAUAAUAGUGCUUCAGAACAAGAAUAUCAAGUAAUUUCUCGGAAUCACUGAUUAUUACUAGUUGUGUGUAGUCUAAAAUCAAAUACACACACACACUCUCGAUAUGUAUAUAUACUGUGCGAAAGUAUGUUUACGUUAAUGUUAUCUGAAAACAUCCAUUACAAUCAUUCAUGAACUGUAGUUGGUUAACAAAGUAUGUAUCAGUAUAUUCACUUCAUUCUCAUACAGAUUAUUCAGCCUGUUAUGUUGAGUUUCAAUCACCCAGAAGUAGUUCGUAUAAUAAAAGUUAGCAAAAAUCAUAAGCUACUUACAAAUUGUUAGUAGUUCAACGUCACAUUUCAAAUUUAUCGUGCAAUUAACAGUAUAGGUUGGACUAACAUUGAUCGGUUUAUGAUUGCAGUGCCAUUAUAGCUCAGUGUUUUUGAACUUGAAUCAUAAGCCUUCCCCAUAAAUAACUGAAACUAUGGAAUAGCGCGUUGGUUUAUUGGUUCAAGUGAAGUGUCUCGAUCGUUUAAUUCCCAAGAAUGUAUAUGACCAUUUAUUUAAUAAUGUAAUCAAGUAGGAUUAAGAGUCUGUUCUAUUAUUUCGUUCUUUGUUAAAUUUAACUUUUGAUUUGUCAUAUUAAAAUUGAAAACUACAUGCAAAUACUAUUGACAUUUUGGAUUAUUUCAUAAUUAACACAUUAAGAAAACAGUUCAUUUGUAGAGAUUAUAUCUAGGAAUUUUAAUUUUCCAACUGAGAUUUGUAGGUGAAAUGAUGUGAAAAACAUUGCACAAUGCUAAGAUAGUAAUGACUUUCAUGAGAUAUUUCUGUAUGAAUUGAAAUGUAUUCAUGCUAUAUCAAAUUGGUUUUCAGGUACGAUAUUUAGAUUACAUAGGAUUUUCUUAUAUUUAACACUAUCAUAUCAUUAAUAGGUGAUCGGUGAUUAACUUCCAUUUGAUGUACUAGCU